ACCAUCACGUGUCUGCCCGCUUCAUCGCACGGACUGUGUCUCUUUACGCGGAGCCUUCGCGGUUCACGUAUGACUGCGCCGUCGUCGUUUCAGCGCGUGUGUGGGUUGCGCGCUCCUUCCUCGCAGCGCUUCAACUGUGAAAAUGAGUGAUCGGAGAAAAACGACCAAAACAAUACUUCAGUUGAUGUGUCAACUUUUGUGGGUGGUGGGGUUGGUGGUGGGCCUGAGUGGAGCCUACUUGCUGAUGAAGUACACACAGAGCAUCUUAUUUCUCUCUCACACCUACAUCAUCCUGCCAGCUGUCCUCGCUCUCGCCAGCGCUGUGCUGUUAGUGGCCGCCGGAUGCCUCGGCUCCUGGCUGAGCCACAGGGAUUCCACCUUUCUGCAGGGACUGUUUGUCUAUCUACUAGUUUUGACCUUCUGUCUAGAGAGUACGGCUUCAGCCUUGGCUUAUUUUCACUCGACAAAGCUGGACUCGGAGACUGCUCCCCUCAGUGGAGUGUUUCAGAAAUACACAGGCAGCAGCCAGGAUGCCAACUCUCGAGCAGUCGAUGCUAUACAAGAAGAGUUGCAGUGCUGUGGUGUCCACGACUACAAGGACUGGUUUGAAACGUCAUGGUUUAAUUGUACUGGAAGGCUCUCGGUUCCACACAGCUGCUGCAACUCUACUUUCCCCUCCUGCAAUGGCACUGUGGACCAGCCAUGGCAGCUCUACACACGGGGCUGCCAGGUGAAGUUGCAGAUCGCCUUACAGUUUGUGCUGAGUUUAAUCAUGUGGAGCUCCCUGCUGGUUUUUCUGUUGGAGGUUGUUUUGCUUCUGACGGUGGCACAGCUGAUGAUGGACCAACCAUUAAUGGAAUAUGAAGUGCUGGGCAAAAGAUGAAGACACUAUAUAUAUCAUAUUGUUAACUAUAAUCAGGAUUAUUGUCAGAGUGAUUGUAGCUGUGCUGUGGUCCUCUCACCUGCAACACUACUGCUGAUUCAUACAGAUUUACUCCAGCACACUGCAAAACAUGUUAACUGAAAGUGGUAAAAUUAGUUAAUUAUUGAUCAUUCUGUUGCCAAAAAGGUGAGUGUGGUUUACAGGAAGAUGUUUAUUGCUUUAAAUGGAUUACAUGUAAUCAGGAUUAUGUACACAGGUUCUGAAAAUAAGUAACUAUAAUCAGCCCAGACUAUGAUUGAAAUAGAAUGUGCAAUGAGAUCAUGCUUCAUUGUCAAGGAUUACUUGAUUACGUUUUUGAUCGUGUCUUUAAAAUAUGACAAUUUCAAAAUUAGGAAACUUUUUUCAUGGUAACCAAUGAAAAACAACCAAGUGUAAAUGCUGAACAUGCAAAAUACAUUUUAUUUGCAUAAAAAAUGUUUUGAGAUGUUUAAAGAGAAAAAUGAAUAUUUGCAGAAUUACAUUUUUUGUCUUUUUUUAGAUUAAUAUAUUGAAUAUUUACAAUGUUUUGUUUUGAAAUAAUCCAAAUGCAUUCAGACACACUUUAAUUUCCUUUGUGUCACACUUCAGGACUCAGAGGCUCAGGUGCAGACACAAGACUCGGCAGACACAAGGAGGGCAAUAUAUAUAUAUGAUUUAUUAUUUCAACACAAAACGCUAUGCAGGUCAGGCAUAGGAAAAAACCAACAAACAAUGAACUGAAAGCCAACACAGUCCUCUAACAGGCUGGUGGAUAACUGAGGUAAAACUACCUAACACAACACUAAACCUAACCAGAACGGAGAUACUAGAUACUUAACACAAAAUCCCUGACCUAGGUUUAUUGUAAGGACGAACAGAAAUGGUAAGCACAAGCACACUGGAAUUAGUAACAGAGCCGGAGUAGACUGACUGGAAUGGAGGGCAGGAACAACUCCUGGAUGACGGAGGGUGAGGGUAGAUGAAGGUGGAACAGGAGCCAGUAGAAGCAGCGGAGCAGGUUGAGCAAUUGCAGGAGAUGAGAUGCAGCGGGGAGGAGGGUAUCUGGAUCACAAACAAAUCAGGGUUAGAGCAGAACCAUUCAAAAGCCAGAGGACAAAAGUGCUAGGCAAAUACAGACAGACUGACUGAAGAACUUUUACAAUCCGGCGUCGAGUCGUGGUCAGCUGGCUUCUUAAAACAUAGGUUGCAGUGCCACAGCUGUGAUCAUCAGUUGAUUCCAGAUUGGAAACAGGCGCGCCCCCAGCCAGUGGGAAUGAGCAGGAACAGGGUAACAGAAUACUCCACUGGGUGGAGCCCGAAGCGGAGGGCAUGACACUUUGUCAUCGAAUAGAUUACGUUACUAAUUACAAAAAUUACCUUUGAAUUUGUAUUCAGUAACUGACUACAUUUACAUUUGUAUCUGCCACAUUCCUUGUCUUGCUCAAUAUGCACUCACUGUAUUGUCCAUAAAAUGAGAGUAUGUUACAAUGUACCUAGUAUGUGUUCCUCAACACACUGAUUAACCUACAUCAUACUCUAUUUUGUGUUAAGAUGAGUUUCAAAUUGCACUCUAGUCUUUGUAUCAUAAUGGCGACUUC